GCGUUUGGUCCUUUCUUUUCCGGGAUGUCGCCAGCUCUCCACCUCCACGGCGCCUCCUAGACCCGCCCUGAGCGAAGGAAGACGCCGCCAGCCUCAGAAGCGCCUCCGAGGCCGCGGCGGGGGGCGGGAGCGUGCGCACUAAUUUUGGCGGAUGAUAAAAUAAGCAGGUGCAAGAUGGCGGGUGUUGGGGAUGCAAGGGAACGGGAAAGCACUUCUCCCUCACCUGUCCAGAUCCCGGAGAAUCAUGACGAGAUCAAAGACAGAGCGGCCCUGGAGGAAGAGUUGCAAAACAUACAGAAUAUCAUCCAUCUGACGAAGGAGUACAUCGACGACCUCAACUCUCGCUUUGCCGGUUUCCAGCACCCCCCAUCUUUAUAUCUCACGGAGUACACAGAGCUAACUGGAAAGUUGCACAGAUUUGAGGCCAAGGAGCAAGAAAUACUAGAGCAGUUGACACUUGCAACUGGGCAGACUGCGCAGACAAAUGGCUGUCACGAAGAUUUACCUGAGGGGCAGACGGCAGCCUCUGCUGAGGAGGUGGAGCCAGGCUAUCCGCCUGUGACACAAGCUUCCAGUAGUAAUGGUGUAUGUGAAGAAGUGGCACGUUCCACACCACAGUCUCCCCUUCGAUCGGUUGUACGGGCGCAUUUGCCCAACCAGCAACGUACUACAGUACAAGUGCAGCCGGGACGUACUUUAAAAGAAGCAUUAGCAAAGGCUCUUAACUUCCGUAAACUUUCUCACGAUGUCUGCAUUGUGUACAGAAAAAACAAUCCUAAGGUGCGCAUGUCUUGGGACUCAGACAUUGCAGCGUUAGAAGGAGAGGAAAUUGUUGUGGAGGUUCUAGAAAAGUUUCCUGUAACAACAUCCAUCUCCCACAAUUUUAAUAGAAGAACAUUCUUUUCUUUGGCAUUCUGUGAUAACUGUCGACGACUUCUAUUCCACGGGUUUGUAUGCCGUACAUGUGGCUAUCGCUUUCAUCAACGCUGCUCUGUUGGAGUUCCAACGCUGUGUCAGCAGGAUCAGCGUAUUACAAAUAAUAUCUACCAGCAUUUAUUAGCGUCGUAUCAAGAUAACCAAGCAGGAAUCCUGACCACAACAGUGUAUGGAGGUCCCCACGGAGCCCAGUCUUCGCUAUUAGGUCCCUAUGCCGGCCAUUAUCCCGGUGGCUAUGGCGGCCACUACAUGGACAAUUACAGGAAUCAAUAUCCUGGCCAAUAUUCCAGCGGUGGCAGCGAAGGGCAGGUCCCACCCCCCCUGCCCCGACCUGCCCCUGCCCCCCUGGCCCCGAGGGACCGGUCCUCCUCGGCUCCCAACGUGUGCAUCAAUCUGGUCAACCCUUCCAGCCAGUCAGAUGCCGGUGCCUCGUUGGCGGAGUUUGCACAAAGGAUCGGCAAGAAUUACAAUCCGACAAGUCCAGGUAGGUUGACACACUUUUGCAACAUGGCUGGAGCCAUUUCAGGGUUUUUUAUAUUUAUCAUAGAUCUUGAUAUGCGUAUAGGAAGUUGCAUUUAUACUGGGAAGUAUUUUGAUUAUUUGAACUUAUUAUUUUCAUAGUUUGAUGUAGAAAAGGCUAUAUUCGGUUUUAGAAGUAUUGAAAUAUUGAUAACUAAAGGGAAGUGGGUUGAUUUUUGCAUUUACUCUAAGUCUUUAGAAACAAGCAACACUGUUCUACUCUUGCUACCUGAACCCCUAAAUUAUCACACAAAUGCCUUUCUGCACAAAAGUAGAUGCUGAAGCGCAUUCUUUGCCACUGGUUUCGGUUUCACUUCCACCGACUUUUGAUUCUUUGAGAGGUAGGACGCAGAGAGACUCUUGGCCAUAG